AAAAUAAUAGAGGAGAAUAGUUUGAUAUCUGUAGGAGAAUCCUUGUCAGUUCAUGCACUGGGUGUCUCAGAACUUGUUCCUCAGUUAAAGAAAACAAUUGCAAUGAGCUCUUUAUAAUUUCUGUGCUUUUUGAAGAAGAAAUAGUGCUGUCAUCAGCAGCAGAUUCACAGAUGGCUGCACUGCGCAAAGAUGGGAGCACACAUGAUGACUAUGGACUUACAUUGAUUGCCUGUGAUCAAUAAGGACAAUAUCAGAGGGUGACAUUUAAGGAGUGCAGACAUGAAUACCGUCUAACAUCAUGGCAUCUCCACAGUCUCUUAACCCUCCUCAACAAGAGUCAGUGAUCACUGGUGUGACUCAGACACCCCAGCAGCAGGAAGAGGAGGACAAUGAAGAUGAAGAAAUUGGUGAGAAGUUUGAGUUCGAUGAUAGUGAAGAUGAACAUGACACAGGAGAGAACUCUGAACAGAAGAGAGAGUCGAAAUCUUCUCAUGUAGAAGCUGAGCAUUCAGAGCGUACUAAAGGGAGCAUGGCCUCAAAUGCACUUUAUUGUCAAGCUAUAAAGCGGGUCACACACAGUUUCCAGCAGGCGGUAAAUGGAGAGGUCCAAGACAUCAACACAAAUCAACACACAGCAUACCCAGACAUGGUGGCCAGACAAUCUCCUGAUGGGAGUUCUGUAUCUGCCGAGCCUCGAAUGACUGAUGAACCUGCAAGCACUUGGAAGAAAAAUAACAUUUAUGAAGGUUCACAUUUUGUGCCUGAGUGCCUCUACACAUCUAUACCGCAGUCUGUCCACAGACAUGCUCAGACAGCACCGGUUCAUUCUCGGGAAUGGUUCAGUGUGGUUUCAGAGCUCACUCUGCGACUGCAUAAAGAAAAGGCUGUCUCUGUGUCCGAGGGAGAACAGCUGAGGUUGAAUCCAGCUUCUGCUCACUCAGAGGUCAUCUACGAUGAUGUCCCUAGUGAGAACAUCACCCCUCCAGAUGCAGAGGAUGACGUGAUCUAUGAGGAGGUGCAGAGGUCUGGCGAGUCAGCACUGAUAGACAAUGGCUGGGGUUCCAGUGAGUUUGAGAGUUAUGACGAGCAGUCAGACAGCGAGACCAAGCAGCCCACCCGUAAUAAGAUUUCUCCAGAUGUGCGGCGUCUGAAGCAACGCUGUGUCCAGACCAGGCACGAGCUAGCCAUGCGGUUAGGGGCGUCAGAUGUCGGCCAACUUAAACAAAACUAUGAUAUUAAGGUUCAACAGCUCAUGAAGGCUGCUAGGAAUGGCACAAAAGAUGGAUUGGAAAAGACAAAAAUAGCCAUGAUGCGCAAAGUGUCCUUCCUGAGUAAAAAAGACUGUACAGAUGACACAGAGGACGAUUCUGGAUAUCUGGAUGUGACUCUGUCUGAACUGAAGCAUCCACCACCUCAACUUUCUCCCAUGCCAGAGGGGCUCACUAGCCAACAGAUUGUCAGGCGUCAUAUUCUUGGCUCUAUCAUCCAGAGUGAAAGAAGCUAUUUAGACUCACUCAAGAGGAUCCUGCUGGAGUAUAAGAAGACGCUAAUGGAGGCGGAGCCACGGAUAUUAAGUGUAAAGAAGAUCCAGCCCAUUUUCUACAGGCUGAAGGAGAUCCUGCAGUGUCACUCCAUAUUUCAGAUUGCGCUGGCCUCUCGUGUAGCUGAAUGGGACAGUACUGAGAAAAUUGGAGACCUCUUUGUAGCUUCUUUUUCCAAGUCAAUGGUGCUUGAUGUGUACAGUGACUAUGUCAACAACUUCACUAAUGCAAUGGCUCUCAUCAAGAAAGCUUGUAUGUCCAAGCCAGCGUUCCUGGAGUUUCUCAAGAAGAAGCAGGCAUCCAGUGCGGACAGAAUCACUCUUUAUGGGCUGAUGGUCAAACCAAUCCAACGCUUCCCUCAGUUCAUUCUUCUGCUUCAGGACAUGCUGAAGAACACUCCUGUGGGGCAUCAGGACAGACUGCCACUGCAGCUGGCCCUCACUGAACUUGAGACUCUCGCUGAGAAGCUGAAUGAGCAAAAACGGCUAGCAGAGCAGGUCGCUGAGAUCCAACAGCUCACUCGCAGCAUUAGUGACCGCAACCUCAGCAAGCAGCUGAACUCAGAUCAGAAGCAGUUGAUUAUGUGCGAGACAUUGACUGAGACUGUCUAUGGUGAGAAGGGUCAAGUCCUCAAAUCUAAAGAGCGCAAAGUCUUCCUCCUGAAUGAUAUGGUUGUCUGUGCAAAUAUCAAUUUAAAAUACAUUGAAACAGGCAUUGAUAACAUCUUUGAGGAGCCAAGGGGCCCCUCAGAUAUCAGCAGUCUGGUCCCUGUGGGGCCUAAAUACACAGUUAAGUGGAGCGCCCCCCUACUGCAGGUUCAAGUUGUGGAGGUGGGCCAGGAGACCCCCCAGCGCAAAGAAAGCAUCUACCAGCAAAGUGGCAGCAAACGCCUGAGCUCCACCAACUCGCAAGGAAAGCUGUUUCUGGGACCACCACGACUGUAUCAGGAAUUGCAGGAGUUGCAGCAUGAUCUGGAAGUGGUGGAGGAAGUCACGUUGUUGGUGGGCACCCUACAGGGGUCUUACCAGAAUCUUAACACUACAGUGGGGCAGGAUUGGUGCAUGGCUCUUCAGAGGCUCAUCCGCAUCAAAGAAGACCAGAUCCAGUGUGCCAACAAAUGCCGUCUACGACUGAUGGUCCCUGGCAAGCCUGAUAAGUCUGGACGUCCAGUUACCUUCACAGUGGUCUUUAGUACACCCAGCCCAAUUAGCAAAAUCUCCUGGGUCAAUCGCCUGCAUCUGGCCAAAAUUGCCCUCAGAGAGGAGAACUUGCCUGGCUGGGUGUGUGUAGAGGAUGAUGAAAAGACUAAGCCUCCAUUCUGGUGCCCAUUACUGGCUUGCCAGGUGCCUGUUUUUACCCCAAAAGCACAAGAUCUGAAGUUGCAAGCUGCUCUGUAUAACCCCGUCCAGUGUGCUCUUCUUGGUUUCUCUGCUGCCAGCACAUCCUUGCCUCAGGGAUACCUCUGGGUGGCUAGUGGGGGUGAUGGUUCCCACGGGCAGGUGGAGAUUUUCUCCCUUAACAGACCCACUCCACGUUCUGUUAAGAGUUUCUCUCUUGGUUCCCCAGUGCUUUGUCUAGAGUAUAUCACAGAGCCCAGCACUGAUGAGGAACAGGAGGUACAGGCCACUGAAGUUCCUUUUAAAAUUGGCAACACCAUCUGUGUGGGAUUACAGGAUGGCAACAUACUAGUUUACGGCAGUGUGGACACUGCUGCCCAGUGUCUCCUAACAUUCUGUAACCCAGAGGUCUGUCCAGUUUUGUGCCUGAAACACUCUGCCAACUUUCUCUUUGCUGGACUCAGUAAUGGAAAGGUUGCAGUUUACAACAGAAAGAGUGGAGAGGGACUGUGGGAUCCAGACUCCUGCAGACAUGUGGUUAUUGGAUAUGCACCCGUCCUAAAACUCCUCCGAAUAGACGAGUGUGUGUGGGCCAGCUGUGCCAACCAAGUCUCUGUGAUUGAGGGCUCCACUCUCAGGACUCAGAGUUUUGAAGCUCACCCAGACCCUAUGGUUAGUGUGACGCACAUGGUACGUGCUGGAGGAGGGGUGUGGAUGGCGUUUUCAGAGGGAUCAUCCCUCCGUCUGUUUCACACAGAAACAAUGGAACACCUCCAAGAGAUCAACAUUUCAACACACUCUGCAUAUUUCAGCCCUGGACAAAAAACUGUGUGUGUAACUAGCUUGCUCAUCUGCCAGGGACUGUUAUGGGUGGGAACAGCUCAGGGCGUUAUUGUCACCCUGCCAGUGCCCAGACUAGAGGGUAUCCCCAAAAUAACAGGUAAAGCAAUGACCUCACUCAACGCUCACAAUGGUCCCGUUGAAUUCUUGGUAGCCACCUCCAGCAUUUUAUCUCAAGCAAUCCUAAAGCGGGAUUCUGCUGUGGAGGGUGUGGAUUCAAAUAGUGGAGAGGAGGAUAAGGAGGUGACAAAUUCGUCUCAGGAGUCCCUCCAGCAGGCAGAUGGCGCUUCACAUGGAGAAGCCAAAUCUAAAGGAGUGCUGCUGCAGUACCACCUGCGGUCUACCUCUCAACUCCCAGGUAAGCUCCUGACUGCUCGGCCUGAAGAAGCACACUCCGACUCGACACGGGACUCUCUGGAGCACAGCCUGGAGGACGGUUCCAUCUAUGAGCUGAGUGAUGACCCAGAGAUUUGGGUCAGGGGCCCGGGACCAUCUUCUAAGGAAGCAGCACGGAGGGAGAAGGUGACAUCAGCUGCUGUUAUAUCGGGUGGAAAAGGUUUCCGUCGGCUCACUAACUCUUCUAAGUCCACUGAAUCUAAUGAGAAUGCACUCAUCGUCUGGCAGUUGCCCAUUACAGUGUGAGGCAGUAAUACAUUUUCCUCCCAUUGGCUUUCAUCAUGUGUUUUUGAAGUGAUGGGUUGUCGGCUCACCGAAGGACAAAUAGACUAUAAGCCUGUAUUUGUAUGGCUUAUGCUGAAUUAUUAAUUCCACGUUUCUUCCGGAAGGUUUUAGGUUGAUGACCAACUGUGCCAUUCAAUAUUCAUUCUUCGUAAUAAUAGCAUGUGUUUGGUAUAUAAUGCACCACAGCUAAAUAUAACAGUAAUUUCACCUCUUGAAAAAAUGACUGAUAUCACCAAAAUAUCAAAUUUGAUUUUAGCCCAUAUGCAUGCAAGGAAUCAGGCUUAGCGUUUUUUUUUUUCUCAGAUGUAAUACAGAAAAUAAUCCUUAGUAUGGAUCUGAAAGGGCUGUGACCUAAUUCUUUCUUUUGUAAAUGAUAAAAUAUAUUUUUUUUAUGCAACCACCAUAGGUGUACACAGUAAAAGUGAGGUGAUAGAAUAUGUGCUGUAAUUCUAUUUAAAUGUGUUUUAAUGUUAUUGUAGUGUGAAAUGUGAAUAGCCAAAUAAUGAGCAAAAGGAAGCCUUUGGCAUAGGUACUUGUUUCUGAUGGUUCUUAUUUUACUCAGUGUUACUUUGUCAAAAAAUAAAUCAUAUUUGCUAUGAUAGACGUUUCUUCAUCUGCAAUUUUUCCAUUACUAUUUCAUUUUUUAUUUAAGUGCAUUUAAUAUUAAAUGUAGUUAACAUUAAAUGGUUUUGAAAUGACACUGUGUGCAAAGACUUGCAGUAAAUUAAUAUUGCAGAGUAAUAUUAUAUGUUGAAUCUGAGAAUAUUUUUAUGCUUUUAUCUCUGGGCAGCCACUGCCUGCUCUCACAGUAAACAUAUCAGCAAACGCAGUAUGGCGCAGCUCAGGCAGUUUAAUAUAUGCAAGUUGUGAAACCAGUAGUACGUGAAGAGGAUGCUAAAUCACAUUUCUGGCUGACACGGAGUAAAACUGACCUGUCAGGAUUUUAAAGAGCUGUCUAAAAGUCACUCAUCGUUCUAUGUGGAAAUUGAUGGUUAAGGGACGUGGCUCAUUUCAUCUAUUAAUUUGUUUAAAUUUAUUUCUAUUAAAUUGCACUACAAAAAUAACUAUCAAAUAAAUGUCAAGAUGUAUUUGUUUAUGCUCAAAUAAAAUGAAUCAAGCUAGUCCAUUAUUGAAUAUUAAAGCUAUUAGGUUUGCAGAAGAGAAUCUCGUUUACUUUUCUGCAACCCAGUUUGCUUUACUUUAAGGAUGAUAUUUUUGUCUAUGUAAGUAAGUUUCUUUUGUGGUGUGGUAAGAUAAUAUAAAGAGCCCAAUUUAGACUAAGGGGCUGUAAAGUAUACUUACAUCAAAGGCUCCUAAUCAGAGAUGUUUGAUUUGCUUUGUGUCUAGUGGGAAAUCAAGACACUCAUUAUGGUUAAUUGAUGGACUUGAUCAGGAUAAUGCCCCUCCUUUUGUAAUGCUUAAAUACAAGAACAAUGUUGAUAUACCUCUCUAUGGAGAAUUUUGCAAUAACAGUGAAAUGACGUGAGUUGCUUUAGAUGGGUUGUGCUGCCCAUUUGUUUUUUGUUUUUUUCUGAAUUCAUUUUUCUCAGCAGUGCAAAAAUGACAAAAGAAAACAAAAACCAUCCACCUGCAUGUUUUCCCCAUACCAAGCUGAGAGAGAUGAAAAAAUAAAUCAAGUUGAGUGUAAGCAAUUUUUAUUAAAGAUAUCAUGUCUGACCUGA